UAGCUAAUUUUAAGAACAUGUGCAAACCGACGAGAACUGCGACUCAUGGAGAAAAUUUUAGCUCUUAUAGCUGUAUCUCUUGGAAAGAAAGUUACUGUAUAUGCAGUGGGAAGGUACUAUGGAUUCCCAAGACUUUAUAGAAGAUUUGCAGAAUUCAACAGAAGAGUAACAUCUAACAGACAGACCCUUAGGAGAAGACAAGAAGCUAUGAAGUUUGUGUUCAGAGUUCCAAACAAAAUCUUAGCAUUUUUCCGGAGAACAAAGAGCACAAGAUGACAAAGAACACAUGAGAAAAUUGUGAAGAAUAGCCUGGAAUGUAAUUGUAUGCUGAAGCAUCUUAGCAGUUCUCAUAGAGGAUCUGUUCGUUGUUUCAAUUUGUAAAUAUACAUGCAGCUGAAUUUCUCACCUCUGUUUGCCUCCAUUUGGUCAGAGUACAUGACAUGUACAAGUCAGAUGUCUCCUAGUGAGUAUUAUGAUGAAUAUGAGAGGCCCUAUUUGAUAUGGGUAUUCAUAAUGCCUUGUAUACUUUCCUGGUUCAUGAAAUUCAAAAUAGUUUUUUUUUUGUUCAGAAUUUUAACUUUAGUUUGGAUCCUAUGAUAUUUUUCGCAUUUUCCCUCAAAAAAUGAUUUAAAAAAGGUGUAAUUUGCAUUGAGUAUACAUGUUUGCAUUUUCCAUAAUGCCUUUUACAAAGGUUGUCAGGGGAGGGGAGGGGGGAAUUUGGAGACACUCACUCAAAAGCACAUGGUGUAGGAAAUAUUAAAAAUGGGUAUACAAGUAUAUGGGUACCAUUCACAACAGGCAAAAACUAAAUUUUGCUACUUAGACCAAAAGUUAUUUUUGCCUCAGCGGAGGCAACAAAACUAUUAAAUAGUGAGUCGAUGAAAUUAUUUUUCUGUGCUUUGGAGUGAUUCUCAAAUACUGUCAAUUUAAGGCAAAGGAAAGGAAGGGGAAGGUAUAAAAACUAUUUGAUCACUGUUUGCACAUAG